AUGCCGCACCAGCACGCGGUGGGCCCCGGCAUCCCGGCCAAUCCGCCCGGUACCGUGGGCGCCGUGCUGGACCGGCUGGCGCGCAUCGGCCGCGCCCUGCCGCAAUACCCGCCCACCUUCGCCGGGGCGCUGGCCACCGCCGGCGGUGAUGGCGACGUCGAUGAUGAGGACCCGGCUUCGGGCUCGGAUUCCACCGGCACCAUGACGACGGCGGCGGCCGGCUCGCCGCCGCCCCCGAGCCUGGUCCCGGCCGACGUGCGGUUCUUCGGCGUGGGCCCGGUUUUCCUGCCGGAGCUGGCCGAGUCGGCCGUGCGCGCUGCCAGCCUGGGCCCGACCGACCGGAUGCCCACCAUCCACGACAUUGAGGCGCUCCAUGCGUCGGCCCUGACCGGGAGCCAUCCGCAUGCGGUGCCGCUGGCCCGGCUGGUGGCCGGUGCCCGGGCCAUUGUCACCCUGCGCCCGGCGGCCGGGAAGCCCGGUGCCCGGGUGGUCAAGUGCUCGGCCUCGGCGGCCGAGCAGUCGGCCGUGUGCCGGGCCAUCUUCAGCGGGCUGGACGCCCGGCACUUUGGGGCCGGCUGCCAGCCGCUCAUCGACGAGGAGACCGGCCGCGCGGUGCGGUCCAUCGUGGUGUUGGAUGUUCGUCUGCCGACCAUCCCCGGGCCUGGGGCCGGCCCCGGGGCUGCCCCGGAGUGGCUCAUCACCGAGGAGGAGUACGGCCUGGACUUUGACCGGGCCCUGGCCACCCUGCCGCAGGACCUGGGCUCGACGGACUUCUUCGAGCUGCUUGUCCAUGUGGGUGCCAUGUCGGUGACCAAGCGCCGGGCGUGGCUGGUGGAGCCGGAGCCGGCCAUGGCCGCGACCCCCGGCGCUGGUGGCCUUUCCCCGGAGGAGGCCAGUGUCCUGGCCCACCGUGAGGCCGUGGACUUCGCCCGGCAGACGACCUGGCUCGAGUGGGUCACCUCUCGGCGCCUGCGGAUGCUGACCCCGGGUCGCGGAGGCCCGGGUGCUACGCCGAUGCGCACGCCGGCCGGCACGCCGGGGCAGCGGUUCGCCACGCCGGCUGGCCGGCACUUCCCCUCGCCGGAGACCCCCUUCCGGACGCCGGCUGGCACCGGGCCCCCGGGGUCCCCCGCUGGCAGUGGCUACCAGACCACCCCCCUGCCCGAGGCCAUCAAGAAGCCGGCCGGCGGGCGCCCGAUUCUGGCCUCGGACGCCACGGCCGGCGACCCCCCGCGCAGCAGUGUCUCCAUGUGGCAGACGACCCUCCUGACGCUGGCCAUCCUGGUCGGCGCCAUGGCCUGGUCCUCGCCGCCGAACGCCCGCGCCUGGGAUCUGGUCCCCUACCCGCUGAGGCAGUUUGUCGCGCCGGCGGUUCCCCUGCUGGAGGACUUUGGUGUGCUCGAUGCGCUGCCCUUCCUUCGGACGGCUUUCUCCCCGGACUCGGAGUCCAAGGCUCCUGGGGCUGCCUUCUCGGCCGCCAGCGAGGCCGAGCUGCUGCAGCUUCUUUCUUCGUGCAAUGUCAUCCCACUCGAGGGCGAGCUCUUCCCCAUCUCCGUCGGGCGGACCUCGCGCACCCUCAUGCGCUAUCACGAGAAGCUGGCGCACACGGCUCCGAUGCACUUCCACGCGGCCACCCACGGCGCCACCCGGUUGCUGACCAUUCCCGAGUGCAUGGCCGUCGUUCGGCACUAUGUGGAGGAGUACAGCACGCACUUCGAGCUGCCGGAGUCCUUCCGCGCGCAGGCCGAGCGUGAGGGAGCCAACCUCGGCCAGGGGAGCCUGACUGGGGCCUUCGGCGCCGGCGCGCGUCUGGUCAACCACUGGCGCAUGCGCUUUGUCGCGGCGGCCGGCGUCAGCGGCCUUGUCGCGCCCUCGUCGCAGGAUGACGUGCUGUGCCUGCUGCAGGCCAUGUAA